AUGGCUGAGAAGACUGAGCAAAAGAAAGCACCAAGCUCUUUAGAGAACCUGACGUGUCCACUAUGUCUUGAUUUCUUCUACGAGGCAACCAUCCUGACUUCAUGCGGACACACCUUCUGUCGGAAAUGUCUCAAGAACUAUGACCUUUCCCACCAGGAUCGCGAUCACAUGAUCUGUCCUCUUUGCAGGAAGAUCACCAAGUUGUCUGCGAACCGUGUUGAUGGUUGGAUGAACGCUGUCCUUGAGAUGAGUCCAAAAUGCACUGCUUGCAUGGCUCAGCAAGAUGCUGAUAUCAACAACGGGAAGGUCAGUAUUGGUCAUCUAUCCGAGAAGUGCUGCAUCCACGAACAAGAGAACAAAGAUAUGUUUUGUGAGGACUGUAAGGUCCAUGUCUGUCUCAAGUGCGUGAUCGUCGGUCAUCAAAUUCACAACAUCAAGAAUCAGGCUGACUUCGAAAAGCAGUUACGUCUAAAGGUGAACGACCUAGUCCAGCGAUGUGCCACUAAGAAAUCAGAACUGGAGAAGAACAUUCAGAAUGUGGAAGUGCAACGUAAUGAAGUAUUUACUGCCGUGCAGAAACUACUGAAUGAUGUCAGUCAAGCCUACAGCAUCAAGGCUAAAGAGCUUGAAGAAAAUCAUCGAAAUCUCAUCGAGCAAAUCAAUGCAGUAAAGCGGAGUUUCGAUGACGAACUCAACGUCUUGAAAUACAAGGAUCGACAGAGGAUCAAGAGUAUUUGUAGUUCAAUAACACUGGUAGCUAAUGACAGACUGGGUCGUCUUGAGACGGACAGUCUGUCUGCUCAUACCCUGCUCUGUGAUGAGCUGGAUGCCAUGCUGAGGGAGGCUACUGAUAACACUUCUGCGGCAGCCAUUACAAAGAAAGCACAGGAGACGAGGUUCAAGCCUGCAUAUCAUACUCGUCUUGACCUCGGGAGCGUCUCAGAAUCAGAUCCCAAGUUGCAAGUCAUUCAAUGUGUAGAUCUACGGGGAUGCAUGCAUGGAAUGACCCAGUACUCUGAUGACGGUGUGACUAUCGGAUAUUGGGAUUCACAUGAUAUAGAUACCAUUGAUUCAGCUGGUAAACAAGAGCAGUAUGCAAAUAUACCAACUAAUAAGAAGUGUUAUGAUCUUGUGUUUCAACAAGACAGGUCGUUAUGCAUAUCGAUGGGCCCCAGGGAAGUACACAUAUAUUAUCCCAAUGGAUCCAGGAAAUCAACUAUCCACGUGACUAGCAAUGACCAUUCUCCCAGAUUAAACAGAAGUCCCUCAGAUGAAAUCCUCAUCGCUAACAAUGGGAAGAAAGUCUACAUCUAUGACCCGACUGGAUCCACUCUCAAACAUACUAUUUCAACAAAACACAACAUGACGACCCAGGUAUCUGCUACCAGGUCGGGUUUGAUCGUCACGAGUUCAUGUAAAUACACCAGUCCAAGCGUGGUGACGGUCUAUGCCAGGGAUAGUAAUGCUGGUCAGUCUCUACAGGCUCCAGAUGAUGUCCAUCUUUAUGCUGCCGUGGAUGAGCAGGACAGGGUGUAUGUAGCGAGUGUUGAUCGUAAGAAGGGUCAUAUUGUGAUUAGGCUCUAUGACCUUAAUGGUCUGAACCUGAAGGAAAGAGUUGAGUUCAAUGUACUUAAUCUGACGCUUGAAGAUCCUUGGUGUUACUUGGUUUCCCUUUCUCCAGACAUGCUCGCGUUUGCUUGUAACAAGAAGUUGUAUUUUAUCAAAGUAUCACUGUAA